AAACCCAAAAUCAGAAAGAAACCAAGUCACUUUCUUUUUUUCUUUUCAACACAAUCAGCAACCCUAUGCCCCCCCAUUCUUUCUCAUCCGUCGCUUCAACAAAUUCAAAGCCUCAUCUAGCUCCGAUUUGGACAGAGCAGAUAAGGCUGUCACCGUCUCCGCGCAGGUUCUUCGAUCCCCUUUUCAACUCCGAUGAUGACAGAGAGAAAGGAGAUGCGGUCACCAGGUGUGGCGUUUGUUGUGUGCAGGUACAGCCUGGAGAAGGCGCGCAUGGACUUGGCGCGGAGGCGCAACAUGCACGGGGAUCUGACUCUGCUGCGGCGCGAGGGCAGAAAGUUGCUGCUGCUGAGGCGCGAAAACAUUUUAGAAACCCUAGCGGUUUCUGGGAUUCGAGUCGUUUAGUUUGGGCUUUAAUUGGGUCUGGGCUUGUUGGGCUAAGAUUCAGGUUUAGGUUUGGGCUUUAAUUGGGUCUGGGCUUGUUGGGCUAAGAAUCAGGUUUAGGUUUGGGCUAGAGUCUUCUGAUUUAGUAGGCUAGGUUAAAUUUUGGUUGUAAUUUUGGGCUGAUUUGGGCUAAGUGUAAUUGGGUUUGAGGUUCAAUGUAAUCCAGGUUUGGAUUCUAUUACAUGUAAUACUGGACUGUAUUGGACUUUUAUUAUAUUUAUUAUAUAUUUUAUAUUUGAGUUUUAA